UUUUUUAUUUAUUUGCUUUCACCUGGUUUGAUUCUCUUCUUCAUAUUCGCUUCUCAUUUUUGUACAUUUUUCUUCCUUACCCUGACAUAAGCGACCGCUAUGGAUACCACCAACGAUGCACCAGAGAAAUAUAACCGAUGGCGACAGACUAAAUCAUCCUCCACAGGAAAGCCAAGAAACGUCGACCGCGAACUGCAACGUAUCAAGAGUUUGGCCGUGGUGUCAGUGUUGAAUAAAACAUUUGCACAAGACAAUGGACUCGGCGAGAAACGCGGUCCAACCCCAUCGCCUUCCGUCUCCAUUCCUACCACCCUAUGCAAGCAAAAAUCAAGCUCCAGUUUAGGACUCGGUGUGGGCGAAUUCUCAUCCAGAAAUCGCAAGACCAGCACCAACAGCUUGCAAAUGGAUUGGAGUCCAAGCUUCAGCACUCCUAGUCGAAUAGGAACCAGUACUAUCCGGCUCAAAACAGAAAAACUUCGACAACUCGAGGACGAACUACUCAGAAUGUACGAAACCGCCAUCCAUCAGACGACCUCUUUAAACAGCAGAAGCGAACCCAGUGGUUCGGUCAAGGGUGACGUAUCGGACUGGGUCGUUACCAUGCAACCAUCGAUUUCCAGCGAACCGCAAAUAGGAUCGUGUGUACAAGACUCGAUUCCGGAGAAGAAGGAAGAGGAAGAUGAAGUGGAUGGAAGUGGAUCGUUUCAACCGGACAAUAUAGACCGAUUGCAAGAACGGAUACGGACACUGGAGAGUGAUUAUGCUCAAGCGCUGGGUGAAUGUCAGGAAGCACAAGAGGCAGCUGCGUUGUAUCGGGAACAACAGAUGCAGCUGGAACACUUGACACAAAUGACAGUCAACAAAUCGAUGGAAGAAAAGGAGUUAGCCCAAGUAAAAAUUCGACAACUGGCCACGGUGAUCUUCCAGCAAGACGAGCUGAUCCACGGUCUGGAACUGGAUAGGGACAUGCUGAAGGCGGAAAAUCAACGGUUGCAGGCGGCACUGAAGGAUACCAGUUUUGGCGAUCGCAUGGAAACAGCUUGCAAGGAGUUGGAUGACGUGAAGAGUAUACUGUAUGAGUUGGCUGAAACAAAGGAGAGUCAACAACAACGGAUGGCGGCCCUGUGGGGCGAAUUGGAUGCAAGUCAGGGACAAACGUGGCAAAUGGUGCAACAGUGUCAGGAUCUUCAGGCGGAAUUUGAAUCGCAACGCAUUCAGAUUGAUGAAAAAAUCAGUUCGCUCAUGCGGCAACUAUUGGACAACAAGACUCGUGAACACCCACCGGCGUCACCGGUACCGUCCCAUCCAGCGACACCUUCAACAGCGCCACCACCGGCACCACAAGAACGGCGUGUGUCGCGCGGCAAACUCAUGUCGUCCAUCCCAAUUAGGCGUACGAGCACUAGUGCUGUGGAACGCGAUGCGCGUUUGAAAGAAGUCUUCACAGAUGAUUCGGUGCCCGAUAUGUCGCGGUUCUCUUAUGCGUCGUCUUCGGCGGGCGAAUCAGUGACGAGCAUGUCACGAUGUCCCGAACGACCGAUACGCAGCGCUCGACGGGGCAGUGCCGCCACUUGUACUUCCAAGCGAUCGUACAUUGCUCGAUGGACAGGCACCAUUCCACCCGCGGCACCGCCACCCACCGAUCCUCUUCCCCCUAUUCCUAUGUCUCCUACGCCUCAUCCACUUCAUCGUCGUUCGCUCUCUCCCUCUACUCGACCUUUCUCUUCCCUCCCUACGCCCAUGUCAUUGAAGCAUGUCUCGGUGGAUGCUGUCAUGAAAACGCCCAAACCGGACCAGUAUUACCAGGACGGCGACGAUGCCUCUUAUCGCGAGUUUGCCGAGCAAUUGCAGGUGCGUCUGUCGGUUUCCAAGGAGAUUGACGAGCUCCGUGUAUGGAACACCCACGAUCUGGACGACCUGCAAAAACGCAGCAGCCAAGUCAAGGAACUGGAUCCCAUGCCGGUCAAUAUGGCGCAAGACGCCACCAAACGAUCAAGCCUCGUGUCCAAAGACAGUCCCGCAUUUUGGAAGGAAAUGAAAAAGAAACUGAGAGUCUAAUUUCUAUUUUUAUCGCUGCAGGCAGCGAACCCACUGUUAUUAUUUUUUAUAUUGCCGUUAUUAUUUAUUCAAUAAAUGCACAUGUCCACAGUACAGUAUUGUAGAACG